AUGAAUUCCUACCGUAAUUGUUGGGAAAUAAAGUACGUGUUCGUAAACACCACUACCUGUCCCAUCCCGUCCAACUUCUCUAUAAUGAACGGCCAGUUGCACGACAAAAGUGUUCAUUAUAGGGAGAGUUCAUCCAGCGGGAGGUUCUGUUAUAGGAGGUGUUCAUCCAAGAGAAGUUCACUCAAGAGAAGUUGGACUGUAUACCUGGUCUUAUUGGCCGGUAUACCAGCGCAGGGCCAGAAGAUACAAAACACCGGUCACGUGGAUUACUUUAAAACGACAUUAAUACCAUCGCCAGUUAGCCCAACCCCCACCACCAGCACUACCACAACGCCGGGCUCACCGCCACAAUCGCCCAUAAAACCCGUGGUAAACCACCACCGGUGCGACAAUUCGCGCUGCACAGCGCCCGUACCCACCAAACUGAACGUACAUCUCGUCCCCCACACCCACGACGACGUCGGUUGGCUCAAGACUGUAGACCAGUAUUACUACGGCUCGCAAUCGCACCAUAAGGUGGCGGGCGUCCAUCGCUGCUGUGGUCAGAGCACCGGCGGUUCAUCUACGUCAUCUACGGCAUUCUUCUGGAAGUGGUGGCGCGACCAGAGCGAAGAGCACCGGACACAGGUGCGCGCGCUGGUCAAUGAAGGUCGGCUGGAGUUUAUUAGCGGCGGUUGGGUAAUGCACGACGAGGCCAACACCCAUUAUCAGAGUAUUAUCGACCAGAUGACCUGGGGCCAUCGACGCCUACAGGACAUGAUUGGCCCGUGUGUUGUGCCCACCAUUGGGUGGCAGAUCGACCCGUUUGGCCACAGCCGCGAAUCGGCCCACUUGUCGGCCAUGUUUGGCUUUGACGGCCUGUUUUUUGCCCGAUUAGACUAUCAAGAUAAAAAGCUCCGGUCGGCUGAACAGCGCAUGGAGUUUAUAUGGCAGGGUUCGGGUGAUGUCGGCAGGAGUGCCAAUAUCUGGACCCACGUGAUGGCCGGCCCGCUGUACGGCCCGCCGACUGGCUUUGACUGGGAGGGCGACGGCGAGCCCAUUAUCGACGACCCGGAGUCCGACGACUAUAAUGUAAACAGAAUUGUGGACAAGUUCUUGGAUUACGUUAGCAAUUAUUCGGCCAAUUAUGCCACUAAUCAACUGUUUAUUCCGAUGGCACAUUUCCACCCAAUACAGUCGGCCAACAACUGGUUUACGAACAUGGACAAACUGAUCCGGUACGUCAACGGCCGGCAACGUAACGGAUCCAAUAUAAACGUGUUUUACUCGACGCCCACCUGUUAUCUGUCGGCUGUCCAUCAGUCCAACAACACUCUCACCACUAAAGCCGACGACUUUUUCCCUUACGCUUCGGACGGCAAUACCUAUUGGACGGGUUAUUACACGUCUCGACCGGCGCUCAAACGGUACGAAAGGGUUGGCAACAAUUUUUUACAGGCGUGCAAACAGUUGGACGUAUUGGCCGGUAUGGGCGGCGUUUACGAUAAGGAGGUGACUGCCCUACGCGAAUGGCAGGCUGUUAUGCAACACCACGAUGCUAUAACGGGCACCGAAAAACAACACGUGGCCAGUGAUUACGCCCUCAAACUGGCCAAGAGUAUCGCCGGCUGCGAACGGGUGGUAAACAGGGCUGUGGCCAAAUUGGCCGCAAAGUCAAUGGCCAACCGGACUGUCCAGUCCUUACCGGAGCAGCUAUUUUGCCAACAGUUGAAUGUUAGCGCCUGUGAGUGGACCGAGUCGUUGAACACAUCGCUGGCCGUCACUGUGUAUAACCCGUACGGACAGCCGGUGCGGCACAUCUUGCGAUUGCCGAUAACGAAUCGGUCGGUACAAGUGCUGGACCCGACCGGAGCCGCCGUCAACCAGACCUACGUGUUUCCCAUUCCGGGGCCCGUAUUGUCGCUCAACGAACGGGACAGCGAAGCUUUAGAGGAACUAGUAUUUGAAGCGCCGGUACCGGCCCUCGGGUUUGUCACUUAUACACUAAAACUUCAGGACGCAGACGAUUCCCCAAUAGCACCGGUAGUGCGUAAAGUUGUCGGUGACUUUUCGGUACAAACUCCUGGCUUUGAUGUGUUUUUCGAUAGGAACGGACGGUUACAGGCGCUGCGGUUCCGCGACUCGGGCCGAAACGUGUCGUUGCGCCAGGAGUUUGCUUACUAUUCGUCUCACUCGGGCACCAAUUCGGGCCCAGACCGGGCGUCCGGGGCCUACAUUUUUCUACCCGAGCCCAAAGAGUUUGCAACCGAUAAUGUGAUCGCACCCGCGGACUGUAACUACAGGGCGCAAGUGGUGGAGAGCCCGGUGCUCACUGAAGUGCACCAUUACAUCCAAAAAUAUCUGUCGCAAGUGAUACGUAUAGACCAUCGGAGCGAUACCAUUGAGAUUGACUAUACGUGCGGACCCAUACCGGUGGCCGACGAGAGCGGCAAAGAGAUUGUGUUCCGGUGGCAAACAGACCUCAACACCGGUGGCGUGUUUUACACCGAUAGUAAUGGCCGGCAAACGAUGCGCCGCCGGCGCGACUAUCGGCCCACUUAUAAGCUGAAUGUUACUCAGCCGGUGUCGGGCAACUACUACCCGGUGAACAAUUGGAUAGCCAUUUGGGACGAAGUGGCCGGUCUGCAAUUGACCAUGCUAAAUGAUAGGGCACAGGGAGGCACCGGGUUCAGAGAGGGCCAGAUCGAGUUGAUGGUUCACCGGCGUAUACUACACGACGACGGUAUUGGCGUCGACGAGCCGCUCGACGAACCGGGUGUUGAUGGCAAUGGUCUGACUAUAAGGGGUCGCUUUUGGCUACAAUUAGCGACAGUUGCCGCAGCGACUGAACUGCACCGGGAGUUGGCUAAUAGGCUAAUGAUGGAGCCGGUGGUGACGUUUAACAGAUUGGCUAAAGGCCAGGCACCGCACUAUUAUAAAAAGCACCGGACCAACUAUACGGCACUGUAUAACCCGCUGCCCCGUAAUAUCCAUUUGCUAACACUGGAGCGAUGGGCGAAUCGGACCCUAUUGUUACGGUUGGAGCACUUUUACCAGUGGAAUGAGUCGCGCGAGUGGUCGGCGCCGGCGAGGGUUGAGCUCCGGGAUGUGUUCCGCGAGUUUGUGGUGUACGACGCGGUGGAGACCACUUUGAGCGCCACCGAGAAUAUUCUGACCACACGUCGGCUCCAAUUCCGGUACACAAAUGCCAAUAACCACUUGUCUCAGGCUUUCAACCAGACUCACAGGUUUGAGCCCAAACGCCAUGAGCUAAACACUACGGAUCUGUCGGUCAUUAUUAACCCGAUGGAAAUUCGCACGUUUAUUGUUAGAAUUAAGCCGAAGUAUUAUUGUAAUAUGUGA